AUGACAGUCUGGCGGGCAACCAAUCCUGAUGCUAGAUAUUUUCCUGUUGACAUGGGUUUUGCUAACUUGUGUAUCGCGAAAAACAUCUGUAUUGCUUGCAAAUAUGUGAGAAAGUCUUUUGGGAUUAUCAUCUUAAAGAAACAGGGACGGCUACGGAAUAAGGUACAAGAAAAUAGGAAACAUUUCUUCAAAAGAAGAGAGGUGGAAUCUAACAAUGAGAAUCAGACUCUGCCAAGCAAAGAAAAUGUGAACUUGCUUUGGAAGGAGCAGCUGGAGCUAAGAGAAAUACAAGGAUGGCCAAAUGCACUGGGGUGCUCUGAUCAUUUUACUACUAAUGGAGAUCAUGCCUGUUCACUUUGCAAUGAUUUUCUGCCCAAGUUUCCUCCAAAUUCUGUGAAGAUGAAGCAUCCAUUCUGUAUGCAACCUUGGGAUUCUUCUCCAGAGAUUGUCAAGAAACUGUUCAAGGGAAGUUAA